AUGCUUGGAUGGGUUGGUAGUGACGAGAUGGUUUUGGCAAGUAUUCACUUCAUCGUUCAGAUCUCGAUAAUUCGUACUAAUGUCAUUAUAGGUGGAAAGGAUUACAGGGGCAACCCACUUCCACCUAAGGAAUUUGAACGGAAUGAAAACCUUGUCACCUUUCUUGCGCGUCUUGCCACUGCAACCGAAGUGCCUUAUUCGAACCCAAGAGCUCCGGCCACCGACUUCACAUAUUGGGCACUGCACGACUUUCGGGACGUAUUCAAAAACCCAGAUUACAGCUCACAGAUUAAGAACUGGCGUAUACGGAACUGGUGCCUGUGGUUAACCCAUGGCUCCGAACGAAUGCUGACCAACAUUCAACACGAGCCUUGCUUUCCGAAAACCAGGGUCUCGGAGGCUAUGCAGAUGCGUCCUGAAGACUGGGGGGAUUGGAGAAAGGAGACCCUCGCAGCGCGCCCUGCCUAUGGUGACCAAGUGAAGGAGAUGAUUGAUGCGGCGAUGAAGAGUAUGGACCGGGCCGAAGCGAUGCAUGGGAUACCGUUCCGUCGUUUCUCCGCCAAGGUACAUAGUGAUAUACUGUCAGCUCGUGAAUCGGAUAUCUUAACACGUGGCUCAAACUACUACGCUCGGCACUGA